AUGAUGGAUGACGAUGUGGCAUCCGGGCGCGGUGACCAGCUGAACAAGCAGCAAUGGAUUUGGGUGGUUGAGGACGAACUUGGCUCGUUGAUCUGGGUGACUCUAAGAGACGAAACGUAUUACGUAGGUAUUUUUAAAAGUUUUGAUCAAUACGGGAACAUCGUCCUCACCGAUACCGUCAGGAAGGUCAUCGUUCACUCGCAGCGAGUUUUCAGCGAUGUGUACUGCGGUAAUGUGAUAAUACGCGGCGAGAGUAUUGCGUAUUUCUGCGGCCUUGACGCGCCAAGCUAUCUGGAUACCUUCAAAUACGACAGGACAUUCGAUCACAGUCGACUUCUACGAGUCGCACGGAAACGUGACAUGAGGGUGUCACCCCAUCCGAUGCUACCGGGACUGAAGUACGUGGAGCUCGACGAAGCGCUGGCCCUGUUGAAGGAGGAACAGGAGCGGUUUCCGACCAAGCAAAAUAUACUCAACGACAUGCUUGGGAACGAUACGUUUGCGUAG